ACUCGAAUCCGAUAAUAACAGGUGUUCACCAUUUUCAGUCGGUAGGGUUCCAUUUACACAUAGUUCGGGUACCUAUUACACUCUCGAUCCGUUAGCACCCCCCCUUGUACUCCACAGAAAUCCCAAAAGAUGAGGUUUUGGGGAUUAAAGUUAGGAUAUUAAGUGGUUUUUCUUGAAAUACUUGCUGAUUUUAUUGGCUGAAGGACUUGGACGUUGGAGGGUUUUGUAUUUCCAUUUCUGAGGGAAUUUUGAGAUCAAGAAAAUGGAUGUGGACACAGAGAUUCAGAGGGUCAAAGAAGAGAGGCAAAAAAUGGAGAAGGACCUUGCUGCACUCACCUCUCUAACCUUUGAUACAGAUCUCUAUAGUGCAAACAAGUUUGAGGGCUAUGAACAAUCCAUCCCCGUGAAUGAUGAGGAGGAUAAUCUCGAUGCAACUGAGAAUGAAAUUGCUAAAAAAAUGGCAUCAUUUACUGCUCCAAAACAGUUCUUUAAGGAGCCCUUAAGAACUGGUGAGGAGGAUGAGAUAUCUGGAUUUAAGCAGCCAAGUAAGAUUAUUGAUAGGGAAGAUGACUACCGGAGGAGGAGGUUAAAUAGGAUCAUAUCUCCAGAGAGGAAUGAUCCAUUUUUGGACAAGACGCCUGGGCCUGAGGUGAGAACUUAUGCUGAUGUGAUGAGGGAAGAAGCACUAAAGCGGAAGGAGGAGGAGGUGAAGAGGGAGAUUGCAAAGAAGAAGAAGGAAGAAGAGGAGGCAAAAGCAAAGGAGAAAGACGUAGAAAAGCCAAAGAAGAGGAAUAGGUGGGAUAUGUCUCAGGAUGAGAGUGCUGAGGGGAAAAAGGCUAAGGCAGGGUCUGACUGGGAUUUGCCUGACUCAACACCUGGAAUUGGGAGGUGGGAUGCAACCCCUACACCUGGGAGAAUUGGGGAUGCAACACCAUCAGUUUCAAGGAAAAACAGAUGGGAUGAGACUCCAACUCCAGGGAGACUGAACGACUCAGAUGCAACUCCUGCUGGUGGGGUUACACCUGGAGCAACCCCUGCUGGAAUGGCUUGGGAUGCCACGCCGAAGCUGGGAGGGAUGGCUACUCCAACUCCUAAAAGGCAGAGGUCAAGGUGGGAUGAGACUCCUGCCACCAUGGGCAGCGCUACACCCGGUGCUACCCCUGCUGCAGCAUAUACACCUGGUGUCACUCCUUUUGGGGCUGCUGAUAUGGCUACCCCAACUCCUAAUGCCAUUAUGCGGAGCGCAAUGACUCCUGAGCAGUAUAAUCUAUUGAGAUGGGAGAAGGAUAUUGAGGAAAGGAACAGGCCAUUAACUGAUGAGGAACUCGAUGCGAUGUUUCCACAAGAAGGGUAUAAGAUUCUAGAACCCCCUGCUUCUUAUGUUCCUAUCAGAACCCCUGCUCGGAAGCUUCUUGCUACACCAACUCCAAUGGGCACACCUCUGUAUAAUAUUCCUGAAGAAAAUCGAGGUCAGCAGUUUGAUGUGCCGAAAGAGUUGCCUGGUGGUUUGCCAUUUAUGAAACCUGAGGACUAUCAGUACUUUGGUUCACUGCUAAAUGAAGAAAAUGAAGAGGAGUUAUCUCCAGAUGAGCAGAAAGAGCGAAAGAUCAUGAAACUCUUGCUAAAAGUUAAAAACGGUACUCCACCUCAGAGGAAAACUGCUCUGAGACAGCUCACAGAUAAGGCAAGGGAAUUUGGUGCUGGUCCAUUGUUUAACCGUAUCCUGCCACUUCUCAUGCAGCCAACGUUGGAAGACCAGGAGAGACACUUGUUGGUAAAAGUUAUUGAUAGGGUACUCUAUAAGUUGGAUGAAUUGGUCCGUCCGUAUGUUCACAAAAUUUUGGUGGUUAUUGAGCCUCUAUUGAUUGAUGAGGAUUACUAUGCUCGUGUAGAAGGUAGAGAGAUAAUAUCAAAUCUGAGCAAGGCAGCAGGGUUGGCCACUAUGAUUGCUGCUAUGCGGCCAGACAUUGAUAACAUUGAUGAGUAUGUUAGGAACACCACCGCGAGAGCUUUUAGUGUUGUUGCCUCUGCCCUUGGGAUUCCUGCUUUACUGCCAUUCUUGAAAGCUGUCUGUCAGAGUAAAAAAUCAUGGCAAGCUCGUCACACGGGUAUCAAAAUCGUGCAGCAGAUUGCAAUUUUAAUUGGGUGUGCCGUUCUUCCCCACUUGAGGUCCCUUGUUGAGAUAAUUGAACACGGGCUUAAUGAUGAAAAUCAGAAAGUCAGAACCAUCACAGCUCUGUCUUUGGCUGCGCUUGCUGAGGCUGCUGCCCCAUAUGGUAUUGAAAGCUUUGACUCAGUGUUGAAGCCUUUGUGGAAGGGUAUCAGAUCCCAUCGUGGGAAAGUCUUGGCUGCCUUUCUGAAGGCCAUUGGUUUUAUCAUACCACUGAUGGAUGCCAUAUAUGCCAGCUACUAUACCAAGGAAGUUAUGGUUAUUCUGAUUCGUGAAUUCCAGUCACCAGAUGAAGAAAUGAAGAAAAUUGUGCUGAAAGUGGUGAAACAGUGUGUGAGUACAGAAGGUGUGGAGGCGGAUUAUAUCAGAAAUGAUAUUCUUCCAGAGUUCUUCCGUAAUUUCUGGGUCCGAAGGAUGGCCUUGGACCGGAGAAAUUACAAGCAGCUUGUUGAGACAACAGUGGAGAUAGCUAACAAAGUCGGUGUUGCUGAUAUAGUAGGAAGAAUUGUGGAAGACCUGAAAGAUGAAAGUGAGCCCUAUAGAAGGAUGGUUAUGGAGACAAUUGAAAAAGUGGUUACUAACUUGGGGGCAUCUGAUAUUGAUGCUCGGUUAGAAGAGUUAUUAAUUGAUGGGAUUCUCUAUGCAUUCCAAGAGCAGACCAGUGAUGAUGCCAAUGUUAUGCUUAAUGGAUUUGGUGCUGUUGUCAACUCCCUUGGUCAGAGAGUGAAACCAUAUCUUCCUCAGAUAUGUGGUACCAUAAAAUGGCGGCUCAACAAUAAGAGUGCCAAAGUGAGGCAACAAGCAGCAGAUCUUAUAUCUAGGAUUGCUGUGGUUAUGAAACAGUGUGGAGAAGAACAACUUAUGGGCCACCUUGGUGUUGUAUUGUAUGAGUACUUGGGUGAGGAAUACCCAGAGGUUUUGGGUUCAAUAUUGGGUGCUCUCAAGGCUAUUGUGAAUGUUAUUGGUAUGACUAAGAUGACACCGCCUAUUAAGGAUUUGCUUCCUCGGCUGACUCCUAUCUUGAAGAAUCGACAUGAGAAGGUCCAAGAGAAUUGUAUUGAUCUUGUUGGAAGAAUUGCUGAUCGUGGGGCUGAGUUUGUCCCUGCAAGGGAGUGGAUGAGAAUUUGUUUUGAGCUUCUUGAGAUGCUCAAAGCACACAAAAAGGGUAUCCGUAGAGCAACUGUGAAUACUUUUGGUUAUAUUGCAAAGGCUAUUGGGCCACAGGAUGUUCUCGCAACACUGUUAAAUAACCUAAAGGUUCAGGAACGUCAAAAUCGUGUGUGCACAACUGUGGCCAUAGCAAUUGUUGCAGAAACAUGCUCACCUUUUACAGUUCUGCCUGCGUUGAUGAAUGAAUACCGUGUGCCUGAGCUCAAUGUUCAGAAUGGUGUUCUGAAGUCACUUUCUUUUCUGUUUGAGUACAUUGGUGAGAUGGGUAAAGACUACAUAUAUGCAGUAACUCCAUUACUGGAGGAUGCUCUCAUGGACAGAGAUUUGGUUCAUCGGCAAACUGCAGCUUCUGCUGUUAAGCACAUGGCCCUGGGGGUUGCUGGUCUAGGAUGCGAGGAUGCUUUGAUCCAUCUGAUGAAUUAUGUUUGGCCCAACAUUUUUGAGACAUCCCCACAUGUGAUCAAUGCUGUCAUGGAAGCUAUUGAGGGAAUGAGGGUUGCAUUGGGAGCAGCUAUUGUACUGAACUAUUGUCUUCAGGGACUAUUCCAUCCCGCAAGGAAGGUCAGAGAAGUGUACUGGAAAAUCUACAAUUCUCUCUAUAUUGGUGCGCAGGACGCUCUUGUUGCUGCUUAUCCAGUACUGGAGGAUGAGGAGAACAAUGUUUUCUGCAGACCGGAAUUGCAUAUGUUUGUCUGAUUUGGUAUUGCAGAACUACUGGUCAUGUAUUUUUGUCUAUUAAGGAUGCCGGUUGCUAUAAGCGACAGAAUCAUCUUAUUGUUCCCAUAUGUACUUCAAUCAGCUUAUUAGGUUUCCUCUUGGUUUCAUUUCUAUUCUAAUAAACCUUUAGUUGAACUUAUGGAAGAGGCAGUAUUGGCUUGCAACAAUGAAAUUCUACGAUUUAAUCACAUUAA